UGUUGGCAAUGCUUUUCGAUUCUUUUUCUUUUGAAUAAUAUCUUUGGUAAAUGCUAUACAAAGAGCCCUACUGAGUAAGUGAGGAGCGCGAGGGAGCGUAAAGUUGCGGUCUUGGUUCUGUUUUCCCGCCAAUGGACGCCAUGGAAAUCGAUUCGGAGAAAUGCUUCCAGAGAAAGCAGUCCACCUACAAGUCGCUGGAUGAAACUUUUGAAAUUAAGGAGAAGUAUGGGGGUCAGCAAUACAGCCAUAUCUACUUUGCUCGUCUCCACAUGAUGAGGACUAUAAUCUAUUCCCUCGUUCCUAAUUGGAAACCCCAUAUACCAGUAUGCAAAAUUUUGGGAAUGGAAAAAGGCAAAGAAUGCAUCAUUGUUGGAACCCUGUACAAGCAUAUGAAACUCAAACCUUGUAUUCUUGAUGAAUACUCUAAGGAGAGAUCUGUCACACCACUUGUCAAGCCACAUAAUUUUAUACACUCGGAUGACUACCUCAUUUUGGAAGAUGAAAGUGGAAGAGUUCAUCUUGGUGGCAGUGUGCUUUCUCCUUCUAUUUAUGUGUCAGGGGUUGUGUUUGCUUUGCAUGGAAAGGAGACAGAUGCUGGUGACUUCUUAGUUCUAGAUUUUCUAGAAGCUGGCCUACCACCCCAGAUUGAAAAGCCCCUUAAAUCAAGAGAAGACAAGUAUGUAGUUCUUCUUUCAGGGUUAAACAUUGGGAGCAGCUCUUCUAAUCCUCUCCUGUUUCAGCUUCUUGUUGAUCACAUAACUGGACACUUGGGAGAUGAAAAGGAACAAGAGAUUGCAGCUCAAAUAGUUCACGUUGUAAUUGCUGGAAAUUCUGUUGAAAUUCCUCGUGGACUUCUAAAUGGACAGAAUCUGACUGCAAAGGAUCAAUCAAAGCUUUCUGAGCCUAUUAAAGAGCUGGAUAUAUUUUUAACUCAGAUUGCAGCAGGUUUACCUGUGGAUAUCAUGCCAGGUCCUAAUGACCCUGCAAAUUUUUGCUUACCACAGCAGGUUCUAUGUCCUUAUAAGUAUACGUGUUCAUCAGUUUACAACACAUUUAGAUCUUGUCCUAACCCCCAUUGCUUUGAGCUUGAUGAUAUCAGAUUUCUUGGAACAUCAGGUCAGAAUAUAGAUGAUCUUGAGAAGUACUCAGAGGCACCUGAUAAGAUUGAUUUUGUAGAGAGGACAUUAAAGUGGAGACAUCUGGCGCCCACAGCGCCUAAUACUCUUGGGUGUUAUCCUUUCACCGAUAGGGACCCUUUCCUGAUUGAGAGUUGUCCUCAUGUUUACUUUGUCGGUAAUCAGGCCACAUACGAUAGUCGCCUUUUAAAGGGAUCGGAAGGGCAGGCAGUGAGACUCAUUUGCAUUCCUAAAUUCAGCGAGACUGGAAUUGCCGUUGUGCUAAACAUGAGAAAUCUUGAAUGUCAUGCUCUCAGUUUCGAUACUCAGUUCAUGUAAUAAGAACAUGAUAACGAAGUUACGUAGUCCGAGUUUUCAAUUUUCCUGAAGCCAAACUCCAAGUGGUUACCAUCGGAAAAUUUGAGAUUGUAGAAUGUAAUCUAAGCGAUUUUUUUUUUCAGGGAUUUUCCCUUUUAUUUAUGAAUUUAUAUUCUUCCGAUGUGGCAGUGUUAGCAAAGAUGGUUAGUAUGUAUUCAGACUUUGAUAUAAAUUUUUCUUUCUUAUC